AACUGAAACCAUCAAUAGGCACUCACACCUCGGCCAUCCGAACAUUUCCGCUUAAAAGCCCAAUUAUUCAAAUCGGGUCCCCUUAAAAGCCCAAUCCCCUUUUCCUCCCAAUUUCAAAAUCCCUAGCCAAAUUGAAAAACCUCCACUGACAUCCUUCUCCUCUACGCAGGGUGAAAAUCCACCAUUGCUGAUUUUGAAUGGACAAUUCUCGUGCCUGCAACAGUUGUGGAAAGCGAACUAUCGGUUCAGAUUUAGAUACAGGUCAUGCCGUCUGCACAUCAUGUGGAGUUAUUCAAGAAUUCGAUAAUUACAAUCCUCAAAUUGGUGGAAUUUCUGGCCCAGCUGGAACAUACAUUCGCGCUGGAACUUCUGGUACUGGAACCCUUUAUAAUUACAAAGAAACUAAAAUCUACGAAGCCCAGAAAGAGAUUGAAGUGUUAAUGUAUCAAUUAGGAUUUUCUCCUAAGAAAUCUGAAGAAGUAAAGGCUAUGGUAGUGAAAAUUACUGAAGGAGAAUAUGGGGUGGGGAGAUGGUUUACGGUGUUGAUUGGUGCGUGUGCGUAUGUUGUAAUGAGGCUAGAUGUAAAGCCGUUGGCCAUCGUUAAGGUAGCUAAUGUAGUGGGGUGUGAUAUUUAUGAAUUGGGUAGAAUGGUUUAUAGGGUUGUUGAUUUUCUUGAUUUGAAGUUGCCUGGAUUCGACAUUGUGGAUUCGUUUGAGUAUUAUCUUAGGAAUGCUCCGAGUUUUAGUGGGGUUGAUCAGGAUGUGAUUGGGAAGAUGUUGAAGCAAGGUGUGUUUUUGGUGCAGUGUUUGGUUAAGUGGUACGUGACAACGGGGAGGAGACCGUUGCCUGUUGUGGCAGCGGUUUUGGUGUUUGUUUCGCAGUUGAAUCAAAUUGAGGUGAAGAUUGAGGAUGUGGCAAAUGAGUUACAAGUGGCGGUUGUUACUUGUAGGUUGAGGUAUAAGGAGCUUUUAGAGAGGCUCGUGAAGGUUGCUCGAGGUUUGCCUUGGGGUCAGGAUGUUACGGUUAAGAAUAUUAUGAAGCAUGUGACGUUUGUUAUUCAAUACAUGGAGUUGAAGUCAAUGGCAAAGAAGAGCGAUAAAAGGAAGUGUUUUGAGGACGCGGGGUUUGAUUUGGAUUACUUGAUUGAUGAUUGUUUAAGCAUCGACACUGAUUAUAAUUUAGAUGUUGCUGACACCGAAAAUGAGUCACAAUACUUUCAGAUGGAUCGUGCAUCAAGGUUGAGUAUUGAAAGUGCAAAUAAAUUCCAAAUGUCACAAGAGUGUUUGGCAAUGAUUUAUUCGAGGAUUAAGAAUGAAAUGUAUGUAGUGGAGUCUAAGAACAACAGAAAUAAUAACACUAGGAAAAGGAAGAGAAGGUACGACGUACUUCCAUACGUAGAAUGGUGGAAGGGCGAAUCAGAAAUGAGCAAAAAACUUUUAGUGAAGGAUAUAGUGGAGAAAGAUGUGGGCUUGAGUGCUAUGCCUCCUUCUUAUGAUGGUGGUUGCUUGGCAUAUGAAAGGAGAAAAGAGAGGAUAAAGGCUGCAAAAUUUCGAAUCCAUAAGACAAUGUAUCCUUCCAAUGCUGGUGCAACUGAUAAGAUUGAACUAUGCCCCGUCGAACAUGCAAAUGCUGGAAAGAAAAGGAGAAGGAAGAAGCAAGUUGAUGUUGAUUGGGAGGACUUUAUUAUUGAGACCCUUCUCCUUCAUCAGGUGGAAGAAGAAGAGAUAGAGAAGGGGUAUUAUAAAAACCUGUUGGACUUGCAUGUUUUCAACUAUUGAAGAUCUAACCGGUUAGAUCAAAUUAUUAUGUCGAUUUAUGUAAUAAGAAAAACUAUUGCAGAGAAAGUUUCUUUACGUUUCUUUGACUGAUCCUGUGAGAGUAUAGGAGAUUUGAGUUUCAUAUUUUUGCUGUAAUGAGAGAAAUAUACUUAUGGAAUAUAAACAAAUAUGUUCUGUUUCUUCGGUUCC